AUGGCGCACCUCAACGUCAAGCCGGACCCGGCUUACCUGAAGCACCAGGCUAUGCAAAAGACCCGACACCACUUCUUCAGAUGGACUCCUCGAACGGCUAGAAUCACGUUCAUGUAUGUGGUUGUUGUGCCUGCCAUCUUUGGCUAUGUCGCCUACAAGACGGAUGGACUGUAUAACUUCCGCGCAAAGAGACGAGGCGAUACCAUCUACGAGCGAUAG